AUGGUCAUCCAGGCCUUUGUGAACGCGGAGUCAUCGAAUGUGCAAAAAGCAGGAAUCGAAUUGGCCAAAAAAUGGCUUCACAAUAACUUCCACACUUUUUCGAAGGCAAAUGUAAUGUGGGAAAAGUACGAUGUGACGGGCAAAGAAGGAGCUGGUGAUGGUGGAGAAUACGAGGUUCAGGUGGGUAGACAUUUUUUUGAGAAGGAACAUACUUCUAUGGGGUAUGGAGUUACAGGUCGAGUCAUGUAUCAAAAAAAUCGUAAAAUUUUUCUGAUUCAGAAUAUGCAAAAUUUAGCUGCCUAAUUUUGGUUUGUCAGGGUAAAACAAAUCCUCAGAACUUUUCUCGCAACAGCAUGUAAAUGCCCCUGAUUUACAUUGGAACUACUAAUGAAGGUGUAGUAUAAAUCAAAUUUGGUAUUUUAAGGCUUGUCAAGAUACCAGGGUUUACUUUAGCUCAAAACAAGCCUUUUAAUUCGUAAAAACUUGGUCAAAAGGGCAUUUGCGUGGUGUUGAGAGAAAAAUUCUGAGGGGUUUUUCGCCCUUACACACCAAAAUUAGGCAGCUAAUUUUAACAUAUUCUGAAUCAGAAAAAUUUUGCGAAUUUUUUGAUGUAUGUCUCGACCUGUAACUCCAUACCCAUAGAAGUACUUUCCUUGUGAGAUGGAUUUAAAUGUGCCUUCGAACGCUGAAUAAUCUUUUUCCAGGCUGGCUUUGGAUGGUCGAAUGGCGUUGCGUUGGACCUGAUAACUUCCCUUGGCUCUCGAAUCUUCGAAGGGAAGCAUCGAAAAAUCGCCUACCAUCCUAAAGCAGAAGCGUUUGUCUUCCAUAGCGAUUCCUCCAAAUCUACCCAGAGCGUCACGUUAAACGUGUUCCUCCUCUGCUUAGGACGUCUAUUGUAUUGA